GUGGAGAGAGUUCUGCUUGAGCCUAUGGCUUUAAAGCUCCCGCGUUAGAACCAUGGGUGGGGCCUGGAUAUGUCAUUCAGCCACUGCACUGAGACCGAGUGAAGCAAGUUACUACAAAUAUAAUGGCAGAAGGCGAAGAACCUGCACUUUUCACUAAAGUAACGGUUUAUUCUCUACUCGCGUGUGUGGCUCAGUUUGCUGUCGGGUUUGGUUUUGCGCAAAAAUGUGGGAAUAAAUGUUCAGCUGUUGAUCGGUGGGUCCUCGUGUGGUUGUUUUACGACGCAAUAGUUCAUUUUACUCUGGAGGGACCCUUCGUCUACAUGUCACUUGUUGGAAAUGUGGCAACUUCUGACGGUCUAUUGGCAGAGCUAUGGAAAGAAUAUGGCAAGGCAGAUGAGCGCUGGUUGUACUCCGACCCGACAAUAGUAUCUCUGGAGCUUCUGACAGUGGUUUUAGAUGGUACUUUGGCCCUGCUUCUAGUCUACGCCAUCAUCAAAGACAAACACUACAGGCACUUUGUUCAGAUCACACUAUGUGUGUGUGAGUUGUACGGGGGCUGGAUGACCUUCUGUCCAGACUGGCUAAUCGGAAGCCCUAACCUGGACACCAGCAACUGGCUGUACCUGUGGGUCUACCUGGUGUUCUUCAAUGGGAUCUGGGUGGUGGUGCCUGGACUCCUCCUUUUGCAGUCAUGGAGGGAUUUGAGAAGGAUGCAUCAGUAUCCAAAGAAGAAGAACAGAUAAAAUCAGAUCAUUAGUGAUCAAGCAUAUAAUUAUCACAGUUAUAAUUAGCCUUUCAAAGUCAACAGAGUGAGAUGUGGAGAGGAUGUACUGCAGUUGAUGUAUUAUACACAUUUAUUGCGUACACAGAAUAUUAGAGGAACAGUUGUUACGACGUAUCUUUGCAUAAUUGCAGUGGUAAAGACACAAAGGAAGUUCACACCAAACUACUGACUCAUAGCAACAGACUUUUACUAGUAUUAUUUGCAUUCCUGCCAUAUGACACCUAAACAGUGAAUUCUUUAUUUAGCUUUUUUUUUACACUGAUCUAGGACCAGCUUCCCUACUAAUUCCCCUUACCAAACUACCUUAUCCAGUAUGAUAGAAAGCACAAAUUGGAUCCAGAUUAUAUUGUAAAUAGUUACAUCAAUUCAUGUUUCAUCACAUGCUUCUUUUUUACACAGUGCUAUUGAGUUGGCUACUUUCUUGCCAAGUUAUGACAGCAUAACAGGUUAGCCUGCUAUAUUUUGGUCAUAGUCACUUAUAUAUGCAGGCCUGAACAAGGUAUGUAAGGUUUAAGGUAUUCAUCAUUGCAAUGUCAAAGAUUAGUUUAUUUUACAAUUUAGGCAUUGUAAUUUCACUACAGCUUCAUGUGUAAACAAUAUAAAAGGGGAACACUUUACAAUAAGGUCCCAUUAGUUAACAUUAGAUAAUGCAUUAACAAACGUUAACUAACA